AUUUGAUUGCUACAAGCUUCCCUUUCCACGUGGAUUCACUUCGUUCGAACAUUACACAUUCCACGUAUAAUGAUUCCACUUUGCACCGUGUAUCUCCGAGUUGUGGAUAUCGUAGGAUUUACGAACAUAUUAUCAGCUUUUAACAUGAAAAAUAUUAAAAUAAUGCGAGGCAGUCACGCGGCAGAGUGCAGAAGAGACCGUAACGAUGCUGUCAAGCUCUUGUAUGAAGACACAUCACCGCAGUUCAACCGGGUCUCUGCGUUCUUGGCUGCGUGGUUUUCUUUCCGUUCGCCGCGCGCGUGGACAAAGGUCGCCCACAAUUAUUCCAUUAAACGUUAGAUCAUCAGCGAUAAUAGUCAAGAAUAGAAACGAUCGAUCGAUGAGACCGUGGCCAGUGCGACUGGUGGCCACGGUUCGUCGUGUCUACCGGCUUUAAAGCGCAGUCUGACCCGGACUGGGAACAACGGGGAAUGAGAAAGUCGGAGAGCUUCAUUAGGCGAUGCAAUUGUCGCGGAACGGAAUUGAUCGGCGCGAUCAACGGUGAUACAACGGUCGGGCAAUCAGCCAUUGUCAUUUUACCGCGGUAAAUCCCUCGGUACUCCGGUUACCCGUUCUCCAGUGUCUCGUAAUUUACGCGAGAGGCUUAGGACCGUUCGUUCUCCAAGGCGUCAGCGAUAGACGGCGAUCUUACCAUGGUCCGAGAGGGAUUUGCUGCCUGAAAGGGUCUCCCGGAGCCGUCACGCAGGCUGUACACCCUACAAGAGCACCUGCACAAUCACGAGAUCGUGAUCCCGCGGAAAGUGGAUCACCUGGGUGACUUAAUCUCGCACAAUGUUACGCAUCACCAUCACGAGGACGGGCCAAUCGUUCAUUAUCGAGUGGCGGUGGCCGGUAACGAGUACCACCUCGAACUGAUGGCGGCCGACAACUUCAUCGGCAGCGCGAUGGUCGUGGAGAGGCGAAAGCGGGACCUGCACGUCCGCAGUCUGGCGAAAAAUCACAGCAGCAAAUGUCAUUAUCGGGGAUUCAUUAAGGGCCAUCGGAAUUCCCGUGUCGCCCUGUCCGCUUGCGACGGUCUGGCGGGUAUGCUGCGCGGCGACCACGGCGAGUUCUGGCUGGAACCAGUCGCCGUGUCUCUGGACGACGAAACGACGAUGGCCGGAGACUUAGGCGCCGGUGCCCGCACCACGUCGAUGUACGGAGGCCCGACGGGGUCCGCCGGUCGUCCCCAUCUCGUCUUCCGGCGCUCCGUCGAGCAGCAACAACAACAGCUCGAGAUCGGCGCCGGCGGUCGUAGCAAGCGACGGCGUAAAAAGAAGAGGAAGCAGGAGAGAAACUGCGGCACCCGCGAACCGCGUCGAUUGACAGAGACGCGGCUCGAGUGGCAGACCCAACCGGGCCUCGUUCAAGUUCAAGGCCGUGGGAGAAGGAAACAUCAACAGAAACGGUGGCACCGUUCCAAGAGAUCGAUCAGCACACCGCGUCACGUCGAGGCCCUCGUCGUCGCCGACACGACGAUGAUGGCUUUUCACCAGGACGGCGAUGUGGAAACCUAUCUCCUGACUAUCAUGAAUAUGGUAUCCGCACUCUACCUUGAUCCUACGAUUGGCAAUUUCAUCAACGUUGUGGUGGUCAGGAUCAUCCUCCUCGAGGAAGACGACGCGGAGCAAGGGCUGGACAUCACGGUGAACGCGGACAAAACCCUGUACAAUUUCUGCAAGUGGCAGCAGGAGCUGAAUCCCGGCGACGACUCGCACCCGAAUCACCACGAUGUCGCGAUUCUCGUGACGAGGGAGGACAUUUGUUCCCGUGCGAACACACCCUGCAGCACCCUGGGAGUGGCGCACGUCGCUGGCAUGUGCCAGCCAGAUCGCAGUUGUAGCGUCAACGAGGAUAACGGAAUCACGUUGGCGCAUACGAUCACGCACGAAUUGGGGCACAAUUUCGGUAUGUAUCACGACACGGAAAAGAUUGGCUGCAGCAAGCGCGAGGGUGACACCCUGCACGUGAUGACUCCGACCUUCGAGGUGGACGCAGUCGGAGUAGCAUGGUCUAGAUGCUCCAGGAGAGACAUUACGAAUUUUUUGGACCAAGGGAAAGGUGAUUGUUUGGAGGACGAGCCGGCGCGAAACAAUGAUUACGCCUAUCCGGAUUUACCACCCGGUGCAAUGUACAACGCCGAGCACCAGUGCAGGCUGCAGUUCGGCGUAAGAGAAGCUUCCGUCUGUUCUCAAUUGCACGAGAUUUGUUCGAAACUAUGGUGCAUCGUGGACGGCAUCUGCACCACUAUGCUGCAUCCCGCAGCCCCGGGAACGCAUUGCGGAAAACACAUGUGGUGCCAAAACCAGGAAUGCGUGCCAAUUGUCGAUCGACCGCGACACAUUGAUGGCGGUUGGGGCGAGUGGGGAUCCUGGAGCGAGUGCUCGAGGUCCUGCGGUGCUGGGAUCUCCACAGUCGAGAGGAAAUGCGACCACCCGGAACCCGCGCACGGCGGCAAGUUCUGCAUAGGUGAAAGACGUCGCUACAAGAUCUGCAACACGCAACCCUGUCCGGAGGGCGCGCCGAGUUUCCGUGCGGUACAAUGCAGCAACUACGACGGCAAGGAACACAAGAGCAAGAACUACACUUGGCUGCCGUAUUUCGACCAGACGGACCCUUGCGAACUCUACUGCACCGACACAGAGGAGAGCGUAAUUGUACCUUGGGGAGAGGCUGCUCUCGACGGUACCCCGUGCAACGUAGGCACCAGGGACAUGUGCAUCGCCGGCAUAUGCAGGAAAGUCGGCUGUGAUUGGGCGGUGGAUUCCGACGCCACGGAAGAUCGCUGUGGCAUUUGUCACGGCGAUGGUACACAAUGCGAGACCACCAGCGGUGUCUACGACAAGAACGACGGUCCUGGAUACAAGGAAGUCGUGGUGAUCCCCUUUGGCUCGCGAAAUAUCAAGAUCGAGGAGGUCGGUAACAGCAAGAACUACAUCGGCAUCGGAGUGCCGCACUCUGACAAGUACUUCCUAAACGGAAAACGGCAGAUCACCUUAGCGGGCGAAUACGAAGUCGCUGGUACACCAGCGUUGUACGAGCGUGAUCGCGACAGGGAGAAGAUCAGGAUCCCAGGGCCUAUCAAGGAGGACAUCGCGGUCUAUUUAAUUUACAGAGGUCAUUAUCGCAAUUUCGGGUUACGUUACGAGUACACCGUGCCGAAGAAGGAGCCUGAUCGGGCCCCGGAAUACACGUGGGUGUCAUCCGAUUGGACUCUCUGCACAGUGACUUGUGGCGGCGGUACUCAAACUUCGCAAGCGGUCUGCCACGAAAGAAAGAGCGGCAUCGUCGAGGACCACUUCUGCGAUGGUAUAGACAAGCCGGAGCCCAAGUCGCGUGAAUGCAACUCGAAUCCGUGCCCCGCGAGAUGGUGGAUGGGCCCAUGGCAAAUGUGCCCCGUUACGUGUGGCGAUGGUGCGUUACGCAAGAGAUCUGUGAUGUGCGUGUUCUCCGGCGCGGGCCCCGAUCGAUCGGAUCUCGCUUUGCCUGAUCGUGAUUGCGACAAGGGCAUGCGGCCCGAGGAGAUGGAGCCAUGUCCCGAUCUACCGCCGUGCGGACCCACAUCAGAGGUACCGCUGAUCGUGUACACCGACAAGAAGGACAUGUCGUUCUACAACAUCAGCCUGAACGAGCAGGACGGUAUCACGAUAGUCGAUGGCCUGACUACCGGAGAGCCAGAGAUCCUCGAGUUCGACAAUGUCGUCGACGAGAACCCGGACAAUUCAAUGUACAACACCAAGCCGAAGUGGACAGUAUCGAGGUGGAGUCAAUGCUCGAACGGCAGGAGAAGCAGGAAAGUCACCUGUUCCGUUCCGGGCGACUGUAAUCCGGAUAACAAGCCGACUAACGUCGAGGAUUGUCAUAGUGGAAAGUGGAUUACCGGUACUUGGGGAAGUUGCAACGCGACCUGUCUCAUAAAAUCUGGAGUUAAACGUAGGGAAGUGCAGUGCCGUGAUCGCUCGACGGAUCUGCUGUCGGACGAUUGCAAUCUCGAUCGACGACCGUUUGACACGAAGCGCUGCUAUUAUCGACGGCAGUGUGCCAACGAGAAACAUGAUUGCAAGGACAGCGUAGCUGCAUCGUGUGCAAACUACAGGCGCAUGUGUGAUGUAUCAUCGGUCAUACGAGAGAAGUGUUGCGCCACGUGCAUGAAACGACGGCGGCACAUCCGUCACAACAGACGUCAUAUAUUUGCCGAAUAACGAAAUAAAGAACCGACAAGCCGGGCGCGCGAGAGUAUUUUACGACGUGAAAACGAAUCUCUCAGUCAUUCUACCUUGUCCAUAUCGUUCGAAUAGAAAUAAAAGUAAGAGCGUAGAGUGAAGCUUAACGUACGGCGACGAGAGCCUGGAGAAACGUACGACAGAGGUGAUAUUACGAGAUUAUGUAUUUGUAACUUUGUACUGUCGCGUAUACAUGUAUGUAUAUUUUGUAUCGAGAUGUAACAUCGCGCGUAGUGCCACUUAACUGCACAUCGCUCGUAAUCAAUCCGCCUUAGGUUUGUUAAGAUAUUAAUUGAGAGAAACGUUGCGAACGACAAGUAUUUACAAGGCAGAUUUUAAUAAGAAGAUAUUCGAAAUAGUAACAUGGGACUAAUAUUGAUAGAAGAGGUAGGAAAAAAUAAAUAAUAGUAAAAAUAAUAUGAUUUCUGAUUAAAUUAAAGAUAUCGUCCAAUGUACCUGUGUUAUUUUAUUCAAUGAGUAACGAUCUAAUCUCACUAAAUAUUUCGAACGAUAAUGACACUUGCAACGUUUCUCUGCUAUUUAACCAUCAUCGAUAAAAGCAUAGCUAUAGUUUAUGCUAUAGUCUGUAAUCGUACGCUUGAAAAUACGUAACUCACAAAAGGGAAAAGCUAGGAUAUGUGAAUUAUUUUAAGAAUCGUUUGUUCCUGGCGGAUUGAUACGAUUAUUAAUUUUGCAUUCAGAUAUUUACAGUCUGAAACGCAGAAAAUAUCCAUGCGAAAUUCAUAAAUGAUAUUUUUGUAUGCUCUUUUCUACCAUUACGAUAACAUAACUUAAAAUGUAAAAUUUAUUUUUCUCCACACGCUGCCGUGAUUCAUAAUUAACUCAAUCAGCAGCACGAUAUGGAAUAAACUUGCAUUAACUAUU